AUGGAUAUUGUAAUUUCUGUUGUUGGAAAGGUCUCAGAGUAUACUGUUGCUCCUAUUGGACGUCAAGCAAGUUACUUGAUAUGCUACAAAGCCAAUUUCAAAAUGUUAGCUGAUGAUGUUAAAGAUCUUGAUGAUGAAAGACAAAGGAUGAUCCAUUUGGUUGAAGAAGAAAGGAGAAAUGGUAAAACAAUUUUUCCAGGUGUGGAGACAUGGAUUAAGAAUGUGGAUGAGGUCAUUGAAAAAGUGGCUCAGCUUCAAAAUGAUCCUCGCCAUGCCAAUCUUAGGUGCUCAGCAUGGCCAUUUCCCAAUUUGAUUUCACGUCAUCAACUAAGCAGGAAAUCCACAAAACUUGCAAAAGAUGUUGUUCAAUUUAAACAAAAAAGGUUUUCUGGUCCACUUGGUUUCCUUCCUGCUCUAGAUGGAGUAGCCUCUUCUUCCUCAACAAGAGGUGAUGAAAAAUAUGAGACAAGAGAGACACUUAAGCAGGAGAUUAUGGAAGCUUUAAAAGAUCCUAAUUCACGCAACAUUGGGGUGUAUGGGUUGGGUGGGGUGGGUAAGACCACUCUGGUGAAGGAAGUUUCUCAAAUAGCCAAGCAACACAAAUUGUUCGAUGAAGUGGUUACAACGCAUGUAUCCCAAAAUCCAGACUUGAAAACAAUUCAAGGGGAGAUUGCAGAUACAUUGGGUCUGCGAUUCCCUGAUGAGACUAUUCAAGGCAGAGCUGAUCGACUAAGACAGAGAAUCAAGAAAGAGAAAAGUAUCCUUAUCAUUCUAGAUGAUAUAUGGACCGUAAUUGAUUUGAAGAAUGUGGGAAUUCCAUUUGGUGAUGAGCAUAAUGGUUGCAAAUUGUUUAUGACAAGUAGAAGUCAAAAUGUGUUGGUACAAAUGGAUGUUCCAAAAGAUUUCACUUUCAGACUUGAACUUAUGAGUGAAAAAGAGGCAUGGAGCUUGUUUCAAUUUAUGGCUGGUGAUGUGGUUAACAAUAGGGAUUUGAAAGAUGUAGCAAUUCAAGUUGCCCAAAAAUGUGCGGGUUUGCCUCUUCGUGUUGUUAUGGUAGCACGUGCAAUGAGAAAUAAGAGGGAUGUCCAUUCUUGGAACGAUGCAUUAAGGAAAUUACAAAGUAAUGAUCAUGCAGGGAUGGACACAUUAACUUAUUCUGCUUUGGAAUUGAGUUACGACGCAUUGGAAAGUGAUGAAGUUAGGGAUCUAUUCUUGCUUUUUGCAUUACUUCUAGGUAACAUUAGAGAGUAUUCUCUAGAAGUUGCAAUGGGUUUGGACAUAUUAAAGCAUGUUAAUACCAUGGAUGAUGCAAGAAAUAGACUUUACGCAAUAAUAAAAUCUUUGGAGGAGACAUGUCUUUUGCAUGAAAGUAAAACAAGCGGAGAGAUCAAAAUGCAUGACUUUGUUCGUGAUUUAGCUAUAUCCAUAGCACGCAGGGACAAACAUGUAUUUCUAAGGGAAUUUGCUGAUAUGGAAUGGCCAACUAAUGAUUUUUUGAACAGGUGCACGCAGAUCAUUCUAUGUAAUUGUCAUAAUUUGCACGAGCUUCCUCCAAAGGUUGAUUGUCCAAGCAUUAAGUUUUUCUGUUUCAUCAGCAGGAAUCGAACUUUAGAAAUCCCAGAUAUGUUUUUUGAGGAUUUCUGUGUUUUGGAAAACAUGGAUGUAAUAGAAGCUUUGCAAAAUUUAGAAAUUCUUAGUUUCUGGAAUUCUUCAAUGAUCAAGUUGCCAAGCGAAAUAGGGAGAUUGACUAAAUUGAGAAUGCUUAAUUUGAGCCAUUCAGGAAUAGAAGUAGUCCCACCCAAUAUCUUAUCAAGCUUGACUAAGUUGGAGGAGUUGAAAAUGGGCAAUACGUCUAUUAAUUGGGCAGAUGUGAAUUCUACAGUUGAAAAUGAAAAUGCUAGCAUUGCCGAGCUUCGGAAACUACCCAACUUGACAGCUCUAGAAUUACAAAUUCGCGAGACUUGGAUGUUGCCAAGGGACUUGCAACUGAUUUUUGAGAAGCUGAAAAGAUACAGAAUAGCUAUUGGAGAUGUAUGGGAAUGGUCUGACAUUGAAGAUGAAAACUUAAGAACAUUGAUGCUUAAACUUGGUGGUACCAACAUACAUUUGGAGCACGGAAUUAAAGCUUUGAUUAAAGGUGUUGAGAAUUUGUACUUGGAUGAUGUAGAUGGAAUUCAAAAUGUGCUUUAUGACCUAAAUGGGGAAGGAUUUCCAUUUCUGAAACAUCUCCACGUCCAAAAUAAUGCAAACAUGAAACACAUUGUUGACUCUAAAGAGAGGAAUCAAAUCCAUGUGUCCUUUCCCAUCUUGGAAACUCUGGUACUUGAUAAUCUUAAAAACUUAGAAAAUAUAUCUCGUCCACUUUCAGCUACUUCUUUUGAAAGUCUUAGUGUUAUCAAAGUCAAAAGUUGCUUCCAAUUAAAAUAUCUUUUCUCCUUUACAAUGGUUAAACGACUUUCCCACCUUUCUAAGAUUGAAGUUUGUCAGUGCAAUUCUAUGAAAGAUAUAGUACUCGAAGACAACAAUUUAAGUGCAAAUAAUGAAAAAAUUGAGUUCCUUCAAUUGCGUUCUCUGACUCUAGAACAUUUGGAGACACUCGAUAAUUUCUUCUCACACUCCAAAAGUAAGAAAAAGUAUCAAGGUUUGGAACCUUAUGUUUCUUCUACGCCAUUUUUCAAUGUCCAGGUUGUAUUUCCUAAUUUGGAUAUCCUUAAAUUGAGCUCACUCAAUUUGAGUAAAAUUUGGGAUGAUUAUUCCAUGUACAACUUGACUAGUUUGAUUGUGGAGAGUUGUGGCGAAUUGAAAUACUUAUUCUCUUCUACGGUGGUUGAAAGUUUUAAGAACCUCAAACACCUUGAAAUAAGUAAUUGUCCUUUGAUGGAAGAAAUAAUAUCUAAAGAAGAGGGAAACAAUCCAUUGAAUGAGGUUCCUUUCUUGAAAUUAGAGAAAAUAAUAUUGAAGGAUAUGGACAACUUGAAGACAAUAUGGCACCACCAAUUUGGGUCAUUGAAGUCGUUGCAUGUGAACAAUUGUAAAAGAAUUGUGGUAAUUUUUCCUUCUUCAAUGCAAAAAACUUAUAACAAAUUAGAGAUGUUGGAGGUUACAAAUUGUUCUUUGGUGGAAGAAAUAUUUGAAUUGACUUUCAGCUGUAUAGAGGAUACAACACAUUUGAAAGAAGUUACAAUAAUUGGAUUGCCGAAGUUGAAAAAGAUAUGGAGUCGGGAUCCUAAAGAAAUUCUUAGCUUUCAAAAUCUAACAGAUGUGCAACUAAUUGAUUGUGAAAGUUUGGAGUAUCUAUUACCAUUUUCUGUAGCCACUACUAGUUGUUCACUUCUCAAAGAACUUGUGAUAAAAGAUUGUGCAAGCUUGAAUAUAAUUGUUGCAGAGGAGAAAGAAUCUAGGGUGUGUGCAUCUCCCAUAUUUAUGUUUAAUCAACUGAAUGCUCUAGUGCUUUGGAACUCGAACAAACUCAAGUGUUUCUAUGUUGGAGAGCAUACUCUAUCAUGUCCAUCUUUGAGGAAAAUUGAUGUUUUGAGAUGUUCAAAAUUGAACUUGUAUAGAACUCUUUCCACAAGCAGCUCUAAAAGUAGUUUUCAACAUGACAAACUCUCAGUCGUAACUCAACAACCACCUUUCAUCGCCGAAGAGGUUAUUCCAAACUUGGAGAGGUUGAGGAUAGAACAAAAGGAUGCUGACAUGAUAUUGCAAGCCCAAAACUCAAGUGCCCUCUUUACCAAACUGACAUUUCUUGGUUUAGGAUUUUAUAACAAUGAAGAGUCUACAUUUCCUUAUUGGUUUCUUAGUAAUGUGCAUACUCUUGAGGUGUUAGUUGUUGAGUGGAGUCGCUUCAAGAAGAUUUUUCAAAACGAAAAACAAACAAGUGAGAAGACUCAUAGUCGGAUCAAAAUUCUGGAAUUGAGUGAAUUACAUAAACUUCAACAAAUAUGUGAGGAAGGAUCUCGAAUUGACCCAGUUCUUGAGUUCCUUGAACACUUAUGGGUUGCUAACUGUUCUAGUUUGACAAAUUUGUUGCCUUCCUCUGUCACCCUUAAUCAUCUGAAUUAUCUAGAGAUAAUAAGUUGCAAUGGUCUAAAAAGUUUAAUUACAACUCCUACGGCACAAAGUUUGGUGAAACUCACAACACUUAUGGUAAGAGAUUGUAAAUCACUUGAAGAAAUAAUUACCGGAGUAGAAAGUGUUGACAUUGCAUUUGUUAGUUUAGAAGUUUUGAUGUUGGAAUGUUUGCCAAGCCUCAACAAAUUUUGCUCUAGCAAGUUCUUCUUGAAGUUUCCAUUGUUGGAGGAAGUAAUUGUGAGAGAAUGUCCUUACAUGAAGAUAUUUUCAGAAAGAAACCCAAGUACACCAAAUCUUCGAAAAGUUAAAAUUGCAGAAAAUGAAGAGGAAUGGCAUUGGAAGGGAAACCUAAAUGAUACAAUAAAAAAAAUGUUUGAAGAAAAGGUUGCAUUUUCUAAAUUCAAAUAUUUAGCUUUAUCAAACCACCCUGUGCUAAAGGAUUUAUGGUACGGCCAAGUGGAUCAUCAGAAUGUAUUUUGCAAUCUGAAACAUCUAGUGGUGCAAAGAUGUGAUUUCUUAUCACAUGUACUUUUUCCAUCAAAUGUUGUUCAAGUGCUACAUAAAUUGGAAGAACUAGAAGUGAACAACUGUGAUUCAUUAGAAGCCAUAUUUGAUGUUAAAGGUAUGAAGUCUAAUGAAUCAAUAUUGAUAAAACAAAGCAGUCAAUUAAAAACGUUGACUUUGUCUUGUUUAUCAAACUUGGAGCACAUAUGGAACGAGGAUCCUCAUGAAAUUAUGAACUUUGGAAACCUAUGCUCGGUGGAUGUUUCUUCGUGCCAAGGCUUGUUAUACAUCUUUUCAUUGUCCAUGUGCCAAGAUCUUGGAAAUCUUGAAAUGCUUGAGAUAGAUUCUUGCGGAGUCGAGGAUAUUGUUGCAAUGAGAGACGGACCAAUGGAAAUUAGUUUAAAUUUCCCCCUACUAAAUACAUUGGUACUAUGCGGUUUGACAAAACUAAAGAGUUUCUAUCAAGGAAAACAUACUUUAGAAUGCCCUUCAUUGAAGAUUUUGAAUGUAAGUCGUUGUGAAACAUUGAGAAUGUUUUCCUUCAACAAUUUAGACUUGCAACAACCUGAGUAUUUGGUGGAUGAAAGUUCCCAACAAGCCCUUUUUUCUAUUGAAAAGCUAAGCACCAACCUGGAGGAGUUGGCGAUAAAUGCAAAGGAUGCCUUUAGAAUGUUGAAUGAUUACUGUCAAGAAAAUAUCUUUCCUAAAAUACAACUUCUUCGUUUGCAACGCUUUGAUGAAACUCCAACUGUUUUUUUGAAUGAUUUCCAUGCAACAUUACCUAAUCUAACAACUCUUCAAUUGCGUAAUAGUUGUUUUGAAACAUUAUUCCCUUCAAAAGGAACUCCUGGCAAUCUCAAUGAUGGACUUUCUAAGCAAAUAAAAGAAUUGUGGCUUUAUGGAUUGGAAAAGAUGAAUUAUAUUUGCCACGAAGAUUUUCCAUUGAAUCUUGAAGGUUUAUACGUAAAUAGUUGUCCAAGUUUGAUAUGCUUGAUACCAUCGUCCACAUCUUUCACAAAUAUGACGACUUUGGAGGUGAAUGAUUGCAAAGAGUUGUUUUAUUUGAUAACAUCUUCAACAGCUAAAAGCUUAGUUCAGCUCAGAGAAUUAAAAAUAAAGAAGUGUGAGAAGAUGUUGGAUGUUGUGAAGAUUGAUGAUGAAAAAGUAGAGGAAGACAUCAUAUUUGAAAAUUUGAAAAUCUUGAAGUUCAUUACUUUGUUAAGUUUAAGAAGCUUCUCAAGUGGGAAACAAACAUUCAUAUUCCCAUCUUUGGUGCGUUUUGUUGUUAAAGGAUGUCCUCAAAUGAAGAAUUUUUCAUUAGGAGUCACAGAAGCACCAUGCUUGACAGAAAUUGAAGUUGAAGAGGAAAAUUUACGAUGGAAAGGUGAUCUUAACACAACUAUUGAACAAUUGUUCAUAGAAAAGCAAGCCCCACAUUGUGAUGGGACCAUCGUAUCAUCAUAUUCCCAAGAUGAUGAGAUUGCAUGCGAAGAUGGUAUUGAUGCAGAAGCUAAAGAGUGA